GCUGUAGUUGGACUGGAAACUUUCAGUCCAAUCUGGCAACCCUGUUAAAGCUCCGACUCCAGUGUGUCUCAUCGCAGCGGACUGAAACGGAGAAACGGUGUUGUUAAUGUCCAACAAGACGGACUGUUCAAUACAAGAAGUUCAACCAGCCAUCAUCUAGGAAAGCGGGAUAAUGUUCCUGUACAUCAAUAUCCCUAUAAGAGAUACCAGCAGAAGAGAUCAGUAUCAUCAGUGACUCAGCAGUGUCUCCAUAAACUGUCUGUUCAUACACUAAUAUUCAAAAAUGGAGAUCACUGAUCUGGACACAGAUAUGACCCCAACGCUAAUGAAGUGUAAACUUCAGAAAGAGAGAUCAGACUCACCAGCAGUCAGCUGUGUCUCCAUGAAGAGUGAUGAGUCUCUGGAGCUUCCUUCGAACUUUAAAAAUGCUGAUUCCUCACCUUUAGACAGUGUUCUACAGGAGGAACAAAAGAGAAGAAAAAAGAACAUCAUGACAUUUACAGGACACGCCCCAGAAUCUGCUGAUGUUCCUGAACUCCAGAAAAAGUUCAAAUUAAAUCUGAAGAAGAAGUUUCAGUGUUUAAAUGGAGAGAUGAUAAACCUGGGAACCCAAAUACUCCUGAAUGAGAUCUACACAGAGCUCUACAUCACAGAGGGAGACAGUGGAGACGUCAAUAAUGAACAUGAGGUGAGACAGAUCGAGGCAGCAUCCAGGAGAACAACAAGAAGAGAGGAAACACCAAUCAAAUGCAAUGACAUCUUUAAGCCUUUAUCUGAACAAGACAAACCCAUCAGAACUGUUUUGACAAAGACCUCAUCUGAACAAGACAAACCCAUCAGAACUGUUCUGACAAAGACCUCAUCUGAACAAGACAAACCCAUCAGAACUGUUCUGACAAAGACCUCAUCUGAACAAGACAAACCCAUCAGAACUGUUCUGACAAAGACCUCAUCUAAACUAGACAAAAUCAUCAGAACUGUACUGACAAAGACCUCAUCUGAACAAGACAAACCCAUCAGAACUGUUCUGAAAAAGACCUCAUCUAAACUAGACAAAAUCAUCAGAACUGUACUGACAAAGACCUCAUCUGAACAAGACAAACCCAUCAGAACUGUUCUGACAAAGACCUCAUCUGAACAAGACAAACCCAUCAGAACUGUUCUGACAAAGACCUCAUCUGAACAAGACAAACCCAUCAGAACUGUUCUGACAAAGGGAGUCGCUGGCAUCGGAAAAACAGUCUCUGUACAGAAGUUCAUUCUGGACUGGUCUGAAGGGAAAACAAAUCAGGACGUCCACCUCAUAUUUCCACUUCCUUUCAGAGAGCUGAAUUUGAUGAAGGACCAGAAACUGAGUCUGAUGGAGCUCCUUCAUGUCUUUUUUAAGGAAAUAAAAGAAACAGAAAUGUCCAGAUUGGAAAAGGUUCUGUUCAUUUUUGACGGAUUGGACGAGUGUCGUUUUCCUCUGGAUUUCCAGAACACAGUGAGAGUGUGUGAUGUAACUGAAUCAGCAUCAGUGCAGGAGCUGAUGAUAAACCUGAUCAAAGGGAAUCUGCUUCCCUCUGCUCUCAUCUGGAUCACCUCCCGACCAGCAGCAGCUGAUCAAAUCCCCUCUGAGUGUGUGCACCGAGUCACAGAGGUACGAGGGUUCAAUGACCCACAGAAGGAGGAGUAUUUCAGGAAGAGGAUCAGAGAUCAGAACCUGGCCAAUAACAUCUUCACACACCUGAAGUCAUUAAGAAGCCUCUACAUCAUGUGCCACAUCCCAGUCUUCUGCUGGAUUUCAGCCACUGUUCUAGAGAGGAUGUUGGGUGAAGCAGAGACUGGAGAGAUCCCCAAGACUCUGACUGAAAUGUACACACACUUCCUCAUCAUUCAGACAAACAUCAUAAGAGGAAAAUACUCACAGAAGCAGGAGAGUGAUGAAGAAAUGCUUCUUAAACUGGGACAACUGGCUUUUCAGCAGCUGAUGAAAGGGAACCUGAUCUUCUAUGAGGAAGACCUGAGAGAGUGUGGCAUUGAUGUGAGAGAAGCAGCAGUGUACUCAGGUGUGUGUACGCAGAUCUUCAGAGAGGAGUUUGGGCUUCACCAGAGUAAAGUGUACUGCUUUGUUCAUCUGACCAUUCAGGAGCAUUUGGCAGCUCUCUAUGUGCACACGGCAUUUAUGAAAGAAAACAGUAAUGUUCUUGAUCAGAGUCCAAAAAUGUCCUCUGUACGAAAUAUGUACUCUGUACCGAAGAGGUUCUCUGAACAAAGGAUUAAAAACAUUACAAUUUCAGAUGUCCACAAGUCUGCGGUAGAGCAGGCAUUAAAAAGUCAAACUGGACAUCUGGACCUUCUCCUUCGCUUUCUUCUGGGUCUCUCACUGGAGUCAAAUCAGAAACUCUUACAUACCUUAAUAACACAGACAGGAAGUAGCUCCGACAGCAAAGAGGAAACAGUUCAGUACAUUAAGCAGAAGAUCAGUAAAGAUCUUCCUCCAGAGAAAUCCAUCAAUCUUUUCCACUGUCUGAAUGAACUGGGUGAUAAUUCUCUAGUGGAGGAAAUCCAACGCUACCUGAAAUCUGGAAAACAAAGUGAACUCUCUUCCUCACAGUGGUCUGCUCUGGUGUUUGUGUUACUGACCUCAGAACAGGAUCUGGAGGAAUUUGACCUGAAUAAAUAUUUCAGUCCAGAGAAGAUAACAGAUCUGGUUCUUGUGAAGAUGAUGCCUGUGAUUGCAGCAUCCAGAAAAGCAAUUAUCAGGUGUGAUACAAUUCAAGACAGAGGUGGAAAAUCUCUGGCAUCAGUGCUCAGAUCAGAAACCUCCAAUCUGAAAGAACUCCAUCUGAUUGUGGAUACACUGGAUCUGUCUUGGAAUGAUCUAGGAGAUUCAGGAGUGAAGAGACUCUGUGCUGUAUUGGAGAAUCCUCUGUGUAAAGUGAAGAAACUGAGGUUGUAUGAUUGUAAUUUCUCAGAUGAAGGCUGUUCUGCUCUGACUUCAGCUCUGAGAUCAAACCCCUCACACCUGAGAGACCUGGAUCUGUCUAGGAAUAAUCUAGACUCAGGAGUGAAGAGUCUCUCUGCUCUACUGGAGAAUCCUCUCUGUAAACUGGAGACACUGAGGUUGCCGUAUUGUGGUGUCUCAGAUGAAGACUGUGCUGCUCUGACUUCAGCUCUGAGAUCAAACCCCUCACACCUGAGAGACCUGAAUCUGUCCUUUAAUAAUCUAGGAGACUCAGGAGUGAAGAGUCUCUCUGCUCUACUGGAGAAUCCUCUCUGUAAACUGGAGACACUGAGGUUGCAGUAUUGUGAUUUCUCAGAUGAAGGCUGUGCUGCUCUGACUUCAGCUCUGAGAUCAAACCCCUCACACCUGAGAAAUCUGAAUCUGUCUGGAAAUAAAAUAAAAGACUCAGGAGUGAAGAGUCUCUCUGAUCUAAAGAGGGAUAAUCACAAUCUACAGAUAGUGAAUUGGUGAUGAACAUCUGUGUACGAGAUGAAGACUCUGGUGUUCCUGCAUUUCCAUGUUGGGGAUCAGACAUUUAAUACACUGAGUGUCACUGAUCACUUUAUUAGGAAUAACUGUACACCUGCUCCUUCCUGCAAUUAUCUAAUCAGCCAUUCAUAUGAUAAUUCAUAAACUCGUGUUGAUAAAUAUACUGUAUAUAAAAAUAAAUGUAGAUACAGAUCACAUGUACAAAGAAAAUAAAGUGUUAGAAACAUUCA